AUGGGGUCCUCUCCACAUGCGGGCCAAUCCCGCUCCGAUUCCGGUAUACGAAUGCAUCCCCAGGGCAUGGACUCGCCAUAUACCGAUCUGUCGAGUGAUAGUGAGGAGAGUAUAGAUACGGCUAUUUUCAAAGGGAAUGCCCGCCAGACGAGGCUGGGACCUGCGCCUUUGCUGAUCAACCAUCGACGGUUCCCCUCUGCAGACGAUGACUUAAGCGACGACGACCAUGAUGGUGUCCUAGAUAAUUCCCAAGCAGAGGAGAAACCAGUGACGUGGAUGUCGCUGCCGAAAAAAGGACAGCUGGCUAUUUUGACAUUUGCGCGGUUAUCGGAGCCGCUUACGCAGACCUCGCUGCAGGCCUAUAUGUUUUAUCAGCUGAAGUCGUUUGAUCCGUCUUUACCGGACUCGAAGAUCUCGACGCAAGCGGGCAUUUUGCAAGGCAGUUUUACCGCUGCGCAAUUUCUUACUGCUGUCUGGUGGGGACGACUCGCUGAUGCCAGUUGGAUGGGCCGGAAGAGAGUUCUUCUAAUCGGAUUGAUGGGGACUUGUAUCUCAUGUCUGGGGUUUGGAUUCUCUCGGUCUUUCGUGUCCGCGGCGAUCUUCCGUACACUUGGAGGAGUAUUGAACAGUAACAUUGGCGUCAUGAGGACAAUGAUUGCUGAGAUUAUUGCCGAGAAAAAAUUUCAAUCCCGGGCGUUCCUUCUACUUCCUAUGUGCUUUAAUAUUGGUGUCAUUAUUGGCCCAGUCUUGGGAGGCUCAUUGGCAGAUCCUGUAAAUAGUUUCCCCCAGAUAUUCGGUCCUGGCUCAAUCAUCGGUGGUAAGGAUGGCGUAUGGUGGAUGGAGCACUGGCCAUAUGCUUUGCCGAAUGUGCUUAGUGCUAUCUUCAUCUUUAUCUCUCUGUUGGCCGUUUUCCUGGGUCUUGAAGAGACGCAUGAGACUGGCCGCUAUCGCGUCGAUUGGGGUCGGAGACUCGGCAAAAAGAUAGCGAGACUGUGCUCAGGAAGGCCUCGACACUAUCGUCGUCUCAAUACCGAUGCAGAGGAUGAAUCUCUCUACAUGGAGGGCAGCGUGGGAACAUGGUCUGCACCAUCUAGCCCUACUCGCUCACGGAUGCCGGUGCCUAGGCCGCACAAGCGACCAAGUUUCCGACAGAUAUGGACGAAGAAUGUCUUGCUCACACUACUUGCACACUUCCUCCUCGCCAUCCAUACAAGCGCUUUCAACGCUAUGACAUUCGUCUUCUUACCUACUCCCCGUGCGCCCGAGAACUCGCGCGACGGCUUCCUCCACUUCGGUGGAGGCCUCGGUCUACCAUCCGCCCGAGUCGGUCUCGCAACCGCCAUCAUCGGCUUCAUAGGCCUUCCUCUUCAAAUCCUCCUCUACCCUCGCAUCCAAGGGAGACUGGGAACUCUCACCUCUUUCCGCACAUUUUUACCCUUCUCACCUAUAUCAUACCUGCUCAUGCCCUUCCUUGUUGUUCUCCCUCGUGUUCCGUGGAUUGUGUGGCCAUCUUUUACUGUUGUCGUGUUACUACAGGUGAUUUCACGCACUUUUGCAUUGCCUGCAGCUAUCAUAUUGGUAAACAAUUGUGUCACUGAUCCGUCUAUUCUGGGCACCGUGCACGGCGUUGCACAGAGUAUAGCAAGUGCCGCGCGGACACUGGGCCCCUUCCUUGGCGGCUGGGGCUUGGGGCUUGGUCUCGCGAAUAAUAUGGUUGGUGCUAUAUGGUGGGCGCUGGCUGUUGAGGCAACGAUUGGUUGGUUCGUAUUGUGGACCAUUCAUGAAGGACGUGGAAUUGAAAAGCCAAAGGCGGAGCUGGAGGACGAAAGAGACUGA